CGUUGACCGUCACCGUUUUCAAACUUAAACACAAAAUCCAGGACCGCGUCCUUUGUCUCUCCCCCCACAUCAAAUAGAAGAGGUGGAUUUGAGGCAAAGCAUGUAUGUAAGACCCUCCGGUUUGGAUGCCGUCUUGGUUUGUUUACGGUGAAAGCUACGUGGUCACGUCCCUCAAACCAAACCUGCAUAUGACUGACCUCCUUUUGACACAUCUGAUGCAUGCAUUUAUAUAUGUCAGACUGGUGUUUGUGGAGUAGAAAUGGACAUUUUUAUAUUCUAAUACAGAAGCUAUAUCUAUCCAAUCCUAUUAUUUCAACAGAGGAGGAUUUUGGGAAUUAAUCUCAAACAAUUAAAAAUGAAUCUUAUUUUUGAAGGGGUUUCAUCCUUGGGAAGCAUGCAGCUGUAGAGUCAUGGAUCAUUCUGCAUUCUGAGUCACUCUCAACCUCCUCUUGGUUGUAGUUCACAGUCUACAGUCAGUUGGUUCAAAUAGUUCACAGUCAGUUGUAUGGGUUUAAAACCCAGUCACUGCCAGAAAGGCGGUUUACUGACGUGCAGUACAUUGCCUCCUUACUUGAACCCAGUAAACUGUCAUGAACAUAAUCCUAAAAAGGGAGGGGGGGAGGGGGCAGAAAGGUAAUAUUUUAGAAAGUCUAAACAGUAUCUUGUAUGUAGGGCUCCGGCCCAGAUAAGUGGCGAGUGGCAGCUCUGUGAUUGGUUAAUGACCCUUUUGAAUUCAGCGACGCCAGGCCAAUGUCUGUGGUUUUGAGUUGUGGCUUCUGUUUCUCUUUUUAAAAAAAACAACAACAUUUCUUUCUUUUUCUCCCACUCUCACUGUCUCUCUCCCUCACUCUCUGUUUUUUUUGGAGCUAUUAUCACCCUGUAGCUGACAGUGGAGCUUAAACGUCUGCAGACUAAUCUCCUCUGGUUGUUCCCAAGUCUAGACCAAAACCAGAGGCCACUGGUUUUCGCUGUUAGGGGGGCCUUCGGCUCUGGAAUAGCAUGCCUGGCAGACUUUGUAUUUUUAUUUUUAGAAAUCUCCAAAAUUAAGUUAAAAAAAUCUUUACACAAGGUCCUUACAAGGUCCUCUUGAGCUUUUGACCAUAUAACAUGGUCUGCAUAAGUACAUGAUGAUGAUGUAGUUUCAAAUAAGUCUGACAUGUGUGCCAAUUUUUGUGAGUUUUCCAGCAUGCUAAGCCCGUUGGGCCCGUUGGGCCCUAAUAAUAAUCCCGAACUACGUAUUUAUGCAUUCAAUAUAAUCAGUUAUUCUCAGACGUCUGUGUGUAGGCCUAUGUGCGUUGCUCUCCCGGGUGCUGAAAUUGAUAGAUUCACAGGCAGGUAAACCUGAGACGGCCUGCCUCACUUCAUCCUGGCGUCUGGCCUGAGCUAUCGUCUAACGUUACCAGCAACCACACCGAAAGUUUGACCACGUGAGGGCUAGCAACCUGGCUGCAACUAUCGGCAUGCAAGAUGUCAAAAAAGUCCAGCGUCUGGAGUAUUUCAAGAGAUGACUCCCAAAACAGUCAAGAGCCCACGUCGGCUCGGUGGGAAGAAAUCGACAGAAGAAAUCCACGCUCGCCUGCUGGCAAAGGUUGGGAGAGUCAGCUGUUGGAGACCGGAUUUCUGGCGAUUUUCCUCUGUCCGGUGUGGACUCUGUCCCAGGUGCCCCGCCGCUGUCCCCCCUCCCUCAUCUGCAUCUGGACCUUCAGGUGGCUCAUUGUUCGCAUCAUGCUGGGAGCUGGUCUCAUUAAAAUCCGAGGCGACAAAUGCUGGAGAGACCUCACCUGCAUGGACUACCACUAUGAGACCCAGCCAGUUCCUAACCCUAUGUCCUACUAUAUGCAUCACUCCCCAUGGUGGUUUCAUCGCUUCGAGACGUUGUCCAACCACCUCAUCGAGCUCAUCUUCCCGUUCUUCACCUUCUUGGGCAGGCGAAUGUGCAUGGUCAACGGAGCCAUCCAGAUCCUGUUCCAGGUGGUUCUGAUAGUGAGUGGGAACCUCAGUUUCCUUAACUGGCUGACCAUUGUUCCCAGUCUGGCCUGCUUUGAUGAUGCAUGCCUGGGCUUCUUGUUUCACUCUAGAGGUGGAGCCAAGAAGGCAGUGCUCGAGAUACAGAAUGAGGAUGCAGCCGGACGCACCCCCACUCCCACCAAAGGUAUGUGGAUACGUCGGGUGAUGAACAUCGCUUUAGGUGUUCUGAUUGGCUGCCUUAGCGUUCCCGUGGUGAUGAACCUGUUCAGCUCCAGGCAGGUGAUGAACACCUCCUUCGACCCGCUGCGUAUCGUCAACACCUACGGGGCCUUUGGCAGCAUUACCAAGGAGCGCACCGAGGUGAUAUUCCAGGGCACUCUAAGCCAGGAUCCCAAGGACCCUGAGGCGCUUUGGGAGGAGUACCAUUUCCUGUGUAAGCCAGGGGACCUUUACCGACGACCAUGCCUCAUAUCACCGUACCACUACCGGCUGGACUGGCUCAUGUGGUUUGCAGCCUUCCAGACCUACGAGCAGAGCGAGUGGGUGAUCCACAUAGCAGGACGUCUGCUGUCCAACGACAGCGCAGUCCUCUCCCUGCUCGACCACAACCCCUUCCAAGGCAGAGAAACUCCCCGGUGGGUUCGAGGGGAACAUUUCAGGUACAAGUUCAGCCCGCCGGGCAGCAGCAGCGCAGCUCAGGGGAAGUGGUGGCUGAGGAAACGCAUCGGAGCCUACUUCCCUCCCCUGGACCUGGAAGGACUCAGAGGCUACUUCCAGUCCAGGAACUGGCCCCACCCUCACAUCCAACCAAAAAGGAGCUAAAGCCCUGAUCUCGGACUACAGGCGUCGAGGUUGGAAAAGAUGUCAGUUUUUAAAGUCUGUUUCAGUGGGACGCUGCUGGGGUUGAACACCGGUAAAAAGGACCAAGGAUGCCUUCAGGUUUUUUUUUUAUUUUUUUAGAUUGCAAUGUUUCCUGAAGAUCUGCGUGAUAAAACCUGAAAUCAAACAUCUUGUUACUCCCAAACAAUGUGAUAUUGGUCAAAGUUUCAUUGAGUGAGGUAUCUAUAUAUCACAAAUGAGGUGCUUAAUUACUGUACUUUGCAUCUCGUUAAAGUAGAUAUACAUCAGUAUUGUUUAUGACGGUCGACUAAAAUAUCAACAUUAAAACAGUUUCCAUUCAAA